AUGCUUAUGGAUUUUAAACUCUGCAUUUCAGGUUUGAGCAGCUUCGCCCCAGCUUUCAGUACCGUCGGCCCUGCCGUCGGUACCGUGUCUGUCGGCUCCGUCGCGCCUGUCGUGGUGUCCCAAACUCACGAGUACCGCCAUCUGAGCCAACAAGUACCGGUAGCAGUGCCCACACCAGUACCAGUAACUGUAACGAAAACCGUCCCUGUACCACAGCCCUACAAGGUAGAUGUUCCCAAGCCUUACGCAGUACCAGUACAAGUGAAAGUACCAGUGGACGUACCCAAACCGUACGCCGUCAAAGUGCCAUAUAAGGUCUCAGUACCUGUUGCUGUCAG